CUAAAUUUGCACUCGUUAUUACCUGCCAAGUACACAACUGUUGCCGAUAUUAUCACAGCUGCAAAAUUCACAUUCACCCAAAAAGAUCACGCCGCUCCCCACAAAAACUGAUAAAUCCGGUAGUGGAAUUAUAUUCUGACUAUAUAAAAAGAACAUGCAAGCCCCAAAAAGUUUGAGAUAAUAAGUUUGACACAUUCAUUGAUAAGUGACUUAUUAAUAUAGAACAUAAUGACUACUACGGAGGCCGAUAAACCGGAUCAACCUCAGUUUGCUAGAGAUACUGGUAAAUAUAUACAAGAUUUUGAAGAAGCAUUUCGUGUCAUUAAGCAAGAUGAGUUUAAUUUUAUUGGAGCACAUCCAUUAUUAAAACCAGUUAGACAAGCAAGAGGUGUAUAUGGUGGUCAUACUGUAGCUCAAACACUCUUAGUUGCAAUAGAAUCCACCAGAGAUCCUGUAACCAAUGAAGUAUUUGUACCUAAUGAAUUCCAUAUAUUUUUCAUAGCAGCCGGAGAAUCAAAAGUCCCCAUGGAAUAUAAAGUAGAUAAAUUAUUUGAUGAUGAAAAUUCAGCAAAGAGAUCUAUAACUGUCACUCAAAGGGGUCGAAUUAGGAGUACAAGUUUGUGUACAUUACAUAAAAGAGGCCAUAAAAAAUCUAACCCCAAUGAUCCUGAUAUUGCUAUUCCAACACCUCCAUUACAAUUGAAAUAUCCGAACCCAGAUGAAUUACAUCAGAUCCAGCAUACUGACUUUAUCCGAAAUGCAUAUAGUGAUGAAUUUCUUGAUUAUAAGAAAUGUCCAGAAGAAGAUAAUUUGAGACCAUCAGAGAGAUGGAUCACGGUUUGGAGUGGAAUUAAGAACCAACCUACACCUGGUAAUGAAGAUAAAUAUGAGACUAGAAUUGAAAAGAUUCAAAAUAGAAAUGAAGAACCUAUUACUAUUGAAAAGAAAUUAAUUGAUCGGAAAUAUUUACAAUCAUUUAGAGAUCCUAUGUAUAAUUAUGUUGGCUUAGCUGAUUUAUCUGAUUCCGCAUUAUUAACAACUAUGGCUCGUGUUUUACAUCUUCCAUGGAAUCCUACAGAAGAUCAUCCAUUUGAAGAAUAUGAUAAUGGUAGAGAUGCAUUGAUUCUUCUUGGAAAUUCUUUCAAUAUCUUACAUUUGUUCCACUACAAUGCUAUGUCGUUGGAUCAUCACAUUUAUUUCCACACAGAAAAUUUUGAUGAUGCAGAAGAUCUAACUUCUUAUGACAUAGUUAAAGAUUGGAUUUGCUUUACAUAUCAAAUGAAAAGACUUUCAAAUAAUCGUACUUUGGUUAGAGGUUACAUGUUUAACAAGAAUCAAAAAUGUAUAGCUACGAUUAUUCAAGAGGGGUUGACUUAUUUAUUUAAUGGAGUUCCCGAUAAAUCAAAACUCUAAGCCAAAAAACCCUUGAAACUCUUGACUAAUAAAUAUAAAUAUCACCACCCUUAUAACCUUCUUCACCUUAACUAUGGGUAAGAGAUAAGUCCGUGGAAUUUGAUAAAGAAUUUUGGGGAACAGCCUGUAUGCAGGACAUCUUAAACUUAAAGUGCCGAUUUAGAUCCUCGGUUAAACCCCAACACAUUAAUCCACAGAGGAGGAAG